GCCCUCUCGUUGUUCUAUGUUAUAGAUCUCCUUCUUUUGAAAACUUCUCCCAGCAGGAUCUCAUUGCCACAGAUCUUUGACAAACACUAGGAUCUUCUUCAUUUUCUGUAUCGGUUCCAGAAUAGCCAAUGGCUCCCUCUCGCAUCGACGACAGCGAGAUCUUGGGCGACUGCAACAGUGAUCUCAUUGCAGUCAAGGACAAAGAGUUGGCAAAUCUCAAAGCCCGCCUGAGCCAACAUGCUGUUGAAAUUGAACAGGGGAUGCCACGGGCUUGGAUUGGAAGCGAGCUUGACGAAGGGCAGUACUUGAUCGUUUUGACCGCCGAAGAGAAGCUUGAAGUCGAACUUGCUGCGAGAGAUUACAUUGCGUCUAGAAGACAGAUCAGUCUCCUCACUCCGACAUCCUUCCCUCUUCCAAAACUUGGUCCGCGAAUUCGACUGGAGAGAGAGCAGCUGAGUGACGGACUUGGAUUCAUCAUUGUGCGCGGGUUGAAGCCGAGUGAAUAUGACAGCCAUAUGAAUAUCGUGUUGUAUGCUGGGAUCUCUAGUUAUAUUGGUAACAAGAGAGCUAUCCAAUUCCCUGGUGGGCCAGUUCUAUCACAUGUGAUCGACUUGUCUUCAGACGAGGACCGGGAGAAACAUCGUGGGAAAUGGAUUGGUACAAGCAACCAGAACUCAGCACUGCCAUUUCAUACCGACAAUGGACAUAUCCUAUGUCUGUACAGCAUUCACUCCGUCCCAAAUGGCGGACGUUCACGACUUGCAUCGGCACAGAAGGUCCUCGAAACUUUAUAUCGGGAGCGCCCUGAUCUGAUCGGAAUCUUGAAGGAUGACUGGGAAUGGGACACAUUUGCGAAAAUCCCUACCGGCUUCAAUCGCCCGUUGCUCUUCGAGGAACACGACCGCACAAUCCUCAGUUACCAGCGAAGACCACUCAUUGGCCUAUCGGAUUUCCCUCGUCGUGCCGGCCUGAAGCCACUGACCAACAAGCAAAUCGAAGCAUUGGAUGUUUUGGAGGCACUGGCAAGCAGAUUCGGGCUGACAUUCGAACUCAAGACUGGCGACAUCCUGUACGUGAAUAACCUGGCGCUUCUACAUGGUAGAGAAGCGUUCAAAUGCGAGCAUCUCAAUGGAUGUCGCAGGCAUCUCUUACGGAUGUUCUUGAAGGAUGAAGAGUCCGAGUUUCCGUUGCCUGGCCCGCUUGAUGCCGUUGUGAGGGGAAUGUAUGAACACGAUGUCGAGGAGGAGGAGUUUCCAUGGUCACUUGCGCCAGUCCCGUAUAUACUUAGCCCUUGAGCAAGUCAGGAUGCAGCGUCAUUUCUUUAUAUUCUUUGUUUUUCCUUCUUCCAGAUCUCUCAGCUCAAGUCGAAAUGAUUUCUAUUCCCGUCCUGGCACGGUUGGGCAUAUGCAGAUCCUAGGUGUCGCUCUUUCCAGAUAUUUCCCUGAAUAAAAUUCCUGGCCUAUCCAUGUGGCUAUGAGGCUCUUUGACUCUUGACUUCUGAUCCAAUGAAGGUUGAAAUAUCUUAGACACCCAAUACAGAGGUUGCACACGAGCUACAUCAGGGUCUAUUCUCUCGAAAUCGGACCAUUCAAUGGUCGACAAAGUCUUGACCAAGUCCACCAUGUACUUCGUUGACGUCGAGUCCAGCCCCGCAGCGAUGCUGU